AGCCAGAAGUGGCUCCCAAAAAGAAAACUGUAGCUCCUACUAAAAAGGAAGCAAAACCUGAAAUGACGUCUAAAUCUAAACUGGAAGCAAAAAUACCAGAAGGUGAAAAGAAGGGUGACGGAAGUGUCUGCCGCUGUAUGGAACAUCCGCUGGUGAAGAUUAUCUACAAGAUUCUCCAUGGCGGCCCUGAGGUACUGCAUUCAGACGAAAUCAUCUAUUUACACAAAAAACUGUGCGCUGAGUGUCGUACGGCCUUGGGUCCGCCAAGAGAUGAAGCGCAAAUAAGGGCUCACAGAAGGAAGCUUCAAAAGGAAAUAACAGAACGGGAAGAAAAGGUGCAUAAAGGAGUUGCACAGCUUGAGGAGAGUGUCAAAGAGGAGAAACUGUUCCUAGAACGACUGUGUCAACAUUUUGCUGAAAAACAGAAGCUUGCCAGUGGGCAAAAGAAAAUGGCUUUCCCUUGUCAACGAGUCAUUUCAGCAUGUAUGACGUGUGCUGCCAGAAGAACAGCCUCGGGUACAGCAAUAGGAAGUAAAAAUCAACAGAGGAAGGGACACUGCAACAAGCCAGUAGAUCCAGUAGGAGCAUCAAAAACGACAGUUAGAUGCCCAGGUUGAACCUAAGAAAAACGAGGAACAUCUUCACUUCAUCAUCACCUAUUUUCUCUGGUCUCCAACGAAAUAUUAAAAAUUUUAUUGUGCUUGUUAUUGUUUGUGAGAAUCAAAAAGUCCUGUGUUUGUCCCUGGGUUUCAAAGUGUGAUACAACCUCAGUAAAUAAUUUGCUAUAAAAUUUCAUAUUUUGUCAAUCUUA